ACCAUCAGCUCCGUGUGGAGUUUAUCCUACAGUCCUUCCUGGAACCCCGAGCGUCACACAGCUAUUGGAGAAAUCCUCGUCCUUGAAGAUGAAGAUGCUGGGUUAUCUCCUCUUGACGUGCACGUGGUGUGUCGUUGCUUCUUCAAAUCAUUGCAUCAUAUCUAGUAUGAUAGUAGAGGCUAACGGUAAUACAUGUGACGUGAUGAAUCGCCCAAUCAGCUAUCAGUCGGAGUAUGAGGUCGAAGCCUGCGGCGUGACGCUGACGUGCAUUGACGGUGGAAUCAACGCCUGUACUUCACAGGCAUUGCUGUGCACCGUCAUCACCACCAAUUGCAACGUACUGGUGAGAGAGACUACUCAGCGAGUUGACCGACUGAUUUGCAAAGAAUGAGCAGCUAUGUCACCAGAUGGGCAUGAUGGACGCAGUACACAGCGGAGGGCUGGUAGACCCUGGGGCCUGGUGAUCAGGUUGAUAUUUCAAAUAAACUUCAGUUUAUGGCGA